AGGGGAAAAAAAAUGGACAUGGUGUCAGUCCACAGUGGAAAUUCACUGAGGCUUUGAGAAGCCAUGAUGUCACAUCCUUAUUUUCCUUGGAGGAGGGUCUCAUCAGCCGCUUUGUUUCCAGGAAACCACGGGGCUGUUCUCGGGGUGAUGCACCGUUGCGACACACUUGAAGAAGAAAAGUGAUGAAAGUGGCGUGUUUCAUUGAACGUGAUGAUUACAAUCUGCUUGAAAAGACCACAAAGUCCGCUGGACUGGAUCAAUAAAGACAUGAAGACCUGCUUUGGGCUUUUGGUGGAAGUGUAUUUGGAAAGCGCACCCACAUGGGAGUCAUCGAUCAUUGGGGUCGUUAGAACCCCGCACUAUGAAUCACUUUGGUGACAGAGGCUAGGAAAAACUCUGAGGAAGAACCCUCAUACAGAACUGAGACCGAAGGAAGCCUCAACAAUAAUUCUGUGAUUUGAAUAAGAAACCUCCCUCACGCGUGUCCCACAAUGCCCCCCGCUGUCUCAUUCAGUCUGUACAUAUUGAGCUUCAGAAUGUUAUUUCCGCCCUCUGUCCCCCUUCCGUGCCCUCUUUGACCCCAUUGGAAGGAAUUACAGUCCCCUCUUGAAUUGUCCAAACAGGCCGAAUAGAUCCAUUCAGCUGCUUGUCACCUUCAUGGUGACCUUCAUCCUUGAAGAGGACGCAUCCCUCGGUGCUCUUUUCAUGCCGGACUAUAAGAACGUCACAGAGCGCCAGCAGGUGAAUGAACAUCAUGUCCGUCCACUGCGUCCUCCUCACUCUGCUGCUCUUCUCCAGCCUGAGCAGACGCCUGGCCGCCAUACCCCAAAGUCAACGAGGGGACGAAGGCGCCGCCGCCGAGAAAGAUGGCCCGAUGGGUCCGCUGCUUCUGGACAACGAGGCGGGCUUCAGGAGGAACCUGGUGUGGGACGAUGUCAAGGAUGAAGAUGGGGGGUCCAGAAUUGUCUUUUUGGCUGACACCAGGCGGCGAGCAGCACGCUUUCAGGGCUCGAAUCCUGCUUUGGAGCGCAGCUGGAGCCACACUCCCGCGGACAACAUGAAGGUGGACCGCCGGGACACAGACAUCGAGGGUGAGCGCUCUUUUACCAUAACACCUUUCACACGUGCUUGGGGAAAAAAAAAAAAAAGUGUUUUGUCUGUCCAUGCAGUGUUGCGGUGCAUGGUGGGACGAGUGUAUCGACCCUGCUGGGGGACAUAAAAACGUCUUAACCACCAGAAAGCCACCCGUGUGUAUAAAACAAAAUAAAACUUUAUUUCAAAAUGAAACGUAUUUACAGUGUGAGCGUGAUCAUUUGAAACAGUCAGGAAAUCAGAGA